CUUCAGCACCGCGGACAGCGCUCCGCACUCAGCUCACUGCUGCCAUGAGAACCAGAAGCACACACACCUGCGCUGAUGUCUCAGCAUGUCUUGUGACUGACUGACUGUGAAUGCAGCUGGACUACGAGAGAUUUUAUUGGUUGUCAGAUAUGACAGGUUCAGUUUGGAAACCUCCUUCGCACGAUUUGCGCAGACCAGGAAGACAGGAGAGCUCAGUUAUUUUGAUCUCUACGACACACCUUAUUUGACUAGGGAAGAAAUCGAAAACACGAACACGACGGCCUCUGUUUUGCUUCCGACAUGCGUCUAUGUCGAUACCUGGAUUCACCAUCGCUCAGUGUUUCUUAAAUAGAGCGUUUAUAGCGAUGCACAGUCGCGCAACCUGUUAGACUGAAGAUGAAGAUGAAGAAGCAGAACGUGCGCACGCUGUCGCUCAUCCUCUGCAUGUUCUCUUAUCUGCUGGUGGGCGCCGCGGUCUUCGACGCCCUGGAGUCCGAGACUGAGAGCGCGCGGAAGCGCAUGCUGGAGCAGAAGCGCAGCGAUAUGAAGAGAAAGUAUCGCUUCACCGAGCUCGACUACCGAGAGAUCGAGCGAGUGGUGCUGUUGGCGGAGCCACAUCGUGCUGGUAGACAGUGGAAAUUCGCCGGGUCUUUCUACUUUGCUAUAACUGUCAUCACCACGAUAGGUUACGGGCACGCGGCCCCUGGCACAGACGCAGGGAAGGUCUUCUGCAUGUUCUAUGCGGGUCUGGGCAUCCCACUCACGCUGGUGAUGUUCCAGAGUCUGGGUGAAAGGAUGAACACCUUCGUCCGUUACCUCCUCAGCCACAUCAAGAAGUGCCUAGGGCUGCAUCGCACUGAGAUCUCCAUGGAAAACAUGGUGUUGGUGGGGUUCCUGUCUUGCUUGGGAACUCUGUGUGUGGGGGCCGCUGCCUUCUCACACUUUGAGGGCUGGACCUUCUUUCACGCGUACUACUACUGUUUCAUCACCCUCACCACCAUCGGCUUUGGCGACUUCGUGGCUCUUCAGAAGAAGGAGGACCUCCAGGAGAAGACCCCUUACGUGGUCUUUAGCUUCAUGUACAUCCUCGUGGGUCUGACUGUGAUCGGAGCCUUCCUCAACUUGGUUGUAUUGAGGUUCCUCACUAUGAAUAGUGAGGACGAGAAGCGGGAUGCACAGGAGCGGGCCUCGCUGAAGAGGGGCCGUAACCUCACGGCCAUGAGUUUGGGGCAGGAAAAUCACUGCCACAGCAACCUGUUCUUGCCCAUAGAGGAGGGUACCAGCUGUACCAACCUCAUCCUGUCGCCGUCAGAGGAGCGUGGGCUCUACUCGCCUCUGCCCCUGCCCUUAAACGCCAGCCAGUCUCGGUCCCAGUUGAGCUUGUUUUGCUGCUGUGUCUGCUAUCACCUGGGCCUCUGCCACAGCUCGGCCCUGUCCCCAAACAAGUGCCCUGAAUGCAACAUCAACUCAGUGUACAACAACUCCGUUUCCUACAAGAUAGAAGGUGGCUCCUCAACCAGGAACGAUACGGUUGUGUCCUCUCCAGGCAGCACGCUCUCUCCAGGGCUCAGCCUCAGAUAUUUGCCACACUUCAGGAGGAAGUCAUUGUAAUGGGGAAGAACUUUGAAGCAUCUGGUUUAGAUAGCGAGAACGCUGUGAGAACAUAUAUUUUGUAGCACGAGUUAGCACUAAAGAUAAGUGAGGAUGUUGAGGACAUGCUAUUAUAAUCAGGGUUGGGGAGUAGCAGAGCACAUUUAAAACACAAAAUAUGAGUAACUGUGUUUCAUUAUAGUUACAUAUUCAAUGGGUGGUAGUCAAAUUAUAGUUAAAUUUAAAAUUUAAAAAUUUAAUUUAUGCAUUUAGCAGACGCUUUUAUCCAAAGCGACUUACAGUGCAUUCAGGCUAUCAAUUUUUACCUAUCAUGUGUUCCCGGGGAAUCAAACCCCCAACCUUGCGACAUCCCCAACCUUUAGUUACAUCUAAAAAGUAUUUUAGGAGACUAAAGUGAUUACUUUGAAUUUUAAUGUCAUUUUUGUCAAUAGUGGAAACAGCAAUUGGUGAUUCUCCAAAUCUGACGGUCUUCAAAAGCAUCCUAAGAUACAUGCAAAAUAUGCAACAUUGUAUUCAUUUGAACAAAAUUAGAGGGAUCAUAAAAAUUGCAUGUUAUUUUUACUUAGUACUAUCCCAAAUAAGCGAUUUCACACAACAAAUGUUUAGAUACUGUAUUCCACAAGACAAAAUAACUGAAUUUCUAGAAACUGUAGGACUAUUGCCAUGUUUUGUGAUUGCUGUUUAUGAGUCCUGUUUGUCCUGAUCAGUUCUUCUGCCCACUGUUCUUGAGAAAAAUCCACCAGCUCUUCACUUUCUCAGGUUUUCCAGCAUCUUCUGCUGUCCAACAAUGACUGUACUUUUCACACUGAGGGCAGUUGAGGGACUCGUACACAACUAUUACAAAACGUGAAAACAUUUGCUGAUGCUCAAGUCAAGUCAAGUCACCAUUAUUUAUAUAGCUCUAUUAAUAAUACAGAUCGUGUCAGCGCAAUUGAACAGCAUUAAAUAGGAAAAUAAUGUGUCAAUAAAGCAAAAAGAAAGUUCAUCAUUGAAUUCAGUUAUGUCAUCUCUGUUCAGUUAAAUAGUGUCUGUGCAUUUAUUUGCAAUCAAGUCAACGAUAUCGCUGUAGAUGAAGUGACCCCAACUAAGCAAGCCAGAGGCGACAGCGGCAAGGAACCGAAACUCCAUCGGUGACAGAAUGGAGAAAAAAAACCUUGGGAGAAACCAGGCUCAGUUGGGGGGCCAGUUCUCCUCUGACCAGACGAAACCAGUAGUUCAAUUCCAGACUGCAGCAAAGUCAGAUUGUGCAGAAGAAUCAUCUGUUUCCUGUGGUCUUGUCCUGCUGGGCAUCUGCUACCGUCUAGGAGACAAGUCUGCAUUUUUCCUUAAGAAGGAAACAGUACUCAAAGAGCGGGGUUUAAAAUUUUGAACAGAAUGAUUUCUUAUUUUGUUUCAAGAUUAUUUAGAAUCGAAUACUUACUAAUUUCCCAGAAAGACAAACUAAGUACAAUUUAAUGCAUCGUGCUGCCUUCUUGAGCAUCAGUAAAUACCCUUUUUAUUUUAUUUUUCAAUUGUCUGCACUUUUUCCUUUUUAAGAAAUGUUGUGGAAAACUCAUUUUGUUAAAAAUGAUAUGCAGAGGAAACCAAACUCCUAUGUUUUGUAGAUGUCCUUUUUCUCCAGAGGACCUUUUUGUUACAUAAUUACAAAGCAUUCAAAAAUUUGUUAUUCAUACAUUGAAAAAAACAAAGAAGAAAAAAAAAAUCCCAACCCUGACUGUAAUGUCAAAGGAGAUACUUAUGGCAACCAUAACAAUCUCUUAAAAUCUAAAUGUUGUUCGUUACAGCACAUACAAAAAGAUGAUUCAAUCUUCUCAAACUUUUAAAUGUCCGCUGUAUUGAACUAGGAACUGCGCAAGUGCAUAAAAUGUAACGACAUGCAAUGUUUUUAAAUGAGGUGAGGUGUGAUGAUUGAAAAAUGUGAGGUUUGCUGAGAGACAGAUCUUCCCAUCAUUGUGCCUUUGAGCAAGACCCUGAAGCUCCUGGAGGAGACGAUUGCUCUAUGGCCAUUCACUUCACUCAUCAAAUACAUCUCAAUCUUGUGUGCUCAGAAACAGAAGUCAAUCAUAUCAGUAUGAAUGUGCACAAUUGGGAAAAAAUCAUAUUUGUUUUCAGUAUUCAAGUAUGUGCAUGUUUUGGUUGUAAUGCUUGCCCAAUAUAUGACGAUUAAUCCCUUUGCCUAUGCUUAUUAAGUUACAGUGUUUUAUUGUUAUUGUUUUUCAGUAGUUUAGCAUGUAACCAAGACAGGAAAAGUAUGACCAAAUCAAUGCAGAAAUGAAACUGAACUCUCUGGUCUACAGGAGACGUUCAUUUUGAAAGUCCAAAUUUUAAAUUCUCAUCCAAAUAAUUUUGACAAUGAGUUUACAAUUACAAACCCUCAGAAAGAUGUUUUCAAUUAUAUGAUUAAGGAGAGCCAUUUACUGUAAAUUAAAUUUCAAUUAACUUUUAUGGUAAACAAUUGUAAACAAAUAAACAGUUGAACACUUCCUGAUUUUCAUUUGUAACUUAUGCCAGUCCAUUUAAAGACUGAAAAAUGCAAGAACUGUUGUCAGAGUGACUUUACUGAAUGUAUGAAGUGUUUUUCAAACAUAGAGCGUAGAACAGCAGGUGAAUCGACCAAUGAAAUCAAAGCAGGGGAGGGACUACGACAGACACAGUUAAAUACAGUACUUUUUGCUAUAUGUUGCACUGUUGCAUGUUAUUAACUACUUCAAGUAUUUGCUAUUUAUAUUGUUAAACUUUCAACAGCGAAGUGAGUUGUAUACAAGGCUAUAUUAGAACAUUGAUGUUUAUUGUGUACUUAACUUGCAACCUUUUGGGACAAGUGUAGUUUGUUGUCACGUUUGGUCUGGAGAUGACAUGGCUGGCUUUUAAAAAAAAAAAAAAAUAAUCCUUAAUUUAUAUGAGGUUUAUGGCCCAGGUGAAAGAACACAACUGGAAACCAUGACAUAUACUAAAUAAUAAGUUUAACAUUUGAUGUAUUCCUCUUUCGAGCAGCAGCCAUUAGGAGGUUAAUUGUCUAUUUAAAAAAAAUUUUUGAAGGAAUUUUAUAAUGAACAGAUGAGCUGAAAUAGACUGAAAGCAUAGGAAGGAAUAUAUUUGUUCCUAAUAUGUCUACUAUCACUGUACAUAGCAGUCAGAUGACACAAGCACUCACUCUCACAGAAGAACUGUUCGUCACCGUCUUCAAACACAUAUGAAAGCCUUUUUUAUGUUUGCUUAUGUUUAUGUGUAUAGUAAAUCAUAAAUCUGGUUCUGUUUGCCAUCACACCUUGACUUGUGCUUAUCUGUAAAAAGUAUUACAAAUCCAUAAACUGUCUCAGAACACAAGGAAACCAGGGAUGACAAUUCAUUUAUCUUUCAUUUUUAUCAAUUUAAUUAAAGUCCAUAUAUUACAGAACAGUGAAGAUGGAGAUGUAAGAUAUUUGUUAAAAUGAUCUCAAAUGUCUUUACAAUUGUGCUAAAUAUGUUUUCACAUAAGUGUAUAUACUACAUAUGCAUUACUCAAUGCAUAUGUAAGGGGGAAAGGGGAAGUCGUGGCCUAAUGGUUAGAGGGUUGGACUCCCAAUCGAAGGGUUGUGGGUUCUAGUCUCGGGCCGGCAGGAAUUGUGGGUGGGGGGAGUGCAUGAACAGUUCUCUCUCCACCUUCAAUACCACGACUUAGGUGCCCUUGAGCAAGGCAUCGAACCCCCAACUGCUCCCCGGGCGCUGCAGCAUAAAUGAUGCCCACUGCUCCGGGUGUGUGUUCACAGUGUGUGUGUGUGUGUGUGUGUGUGUGUGUGUGUGUUUACUGCUCUUUGUGUGUGCAUUUCGGAUGGGUUAAAUGCAGAUUGUUUGUGCAGA